AUGCCGUUCAAACCAGUGGAGCAUCCGAAAUGUCCGAAAUGCGGUAAAUCAGUGUACGCCGCCGAGGAAAUGAAUGCGGGCGGCUACAAAUGGCACAAAUUUUGCUUCAAAUGUGGUUUGAAUUUUGUGCAUCCGAAAUGUCCGAAAUGCGGUAAAUCAGUGUACGCCGCCGAGGAAAUGAAUGCGGGCGGCUACAAAUGGCACAAAUUUUGCUUCAAAUGUGCACUGUGUAAUAAAUUGCUUGACUCAAUGAAUUGCUGUGAGCAUCUGGCUGAGCUGUACUGUAAGCAGUGUCAUGGUCGCAAGUACGGCCCAAAGGGUAUUGGUUUCGGGCAAGGUGCUGGUGCACUGACCAUGGAUACUGGGGAACAUUUCGAACUGUGUAAUAAACUGUUGGAUUCAACGACAGUUGCUCCACAUGAAGCGGAAUUGUAUUGCAAGCAGUGCCAUGGACGGAAAUUCGGUCCCAAAGGUGUUGGAUUCGGUUUGGGUGCUGGCGCUCUGACGAUGGACGAUGGCUCAAAAUUC